AUGUGCCAAGAGUUUGGUUAUUUAUUCCAGCAGAAGAUAUUUUAUGGAGAUUUUAUUAUGGUUGCGUUUAUUUAUCUGAACUUCAAUAUUUUCGAUUUAAAGUGUCUGGCUACAUGCGCUUUUGGAAAUUUGGAACAUUUCAAGAACUUAAAUACACUUGAAAAGUUCCAUUUUCGUGAAAUGCUUUUAGCGGCUUUCAGUUUUCAAGUGUAA